UUCCCAUAAUUCUUUCUGUGCAGAGGAAGAGAGAGAGAGAGAGAGAGAGAGAGUGAGGAGAGGAGGAAGACAAGGAGGAGGAGGAGAGAGAGAAGCAGAAGAUGGCUCUGAUCACCGAGGAGAUCAAAGCCCAAGCCGAGUUCUACACUGGGGAUGAGAUGUGCCAGGUGAAAUCCAAGUGUUUGCUCACGGACAUCGGGCUGCCCAACGGGCUGCUCCCGCUGAAGGACAUGGAGGAAUGUGGGUACGUGAGGGAGACCGGGUUCGUGUGGCUCAAGCAGAAGAAGAAGACCGACCACAAGUUCGAGAAGAUUGGGAGGCAGGCCUCCUACGCGCCCGAGAUCACGGCCCAGGUGGAGCAGGGCAAGAUCAAGAAGCUGACGGGUGUGAAGACCAAGGAGCUCCUGGUGUGGGUGUCCCUGAGCGAAAUCUACUUAAAUGACCCGCCCAACGGGAAGAUCACCUUCAAGUCCCCUACUGGGCUGUUCAGGUCCUUCCCUGUCUCUGCCUUUGAGAUUGAGGAGGAGGUCAAGGAUGUGAGUAAGAACAAGGACGUGAAGGAAGCUGGUGCAUCUGUGGAGGUUAAGGAGGCUUAGGAAUUUCCUUUGAGAGAGGAGAGGACCGAAAAAACAGCUCUUGAAGUAUUCAUCUUUUAUCAGUUUUCAUCUUUGGGUUUUUACCAGUCUUAGUAAAUGCUUUUGUUGCUAAGCGUGUCUGCUGCUGUGGGACACUAAUGAUGGAAGAGGGCAUGCAAACCUGGAAUAAUUUUUAGUACUUGCUGAUUCUCAUUGAA